AUGAGCCAGAGCCACAGCCUCUCCUCCUUCCCCGGCAUACCCGAGUCCCCCACCGACAACAACACCCCCCAGGACCUCAUCAUGACGCCCGCCCCGGCCGCCUCGGCCGCGCCCCCACCACCCACGCCGCUGCCCUGGAACUGGAUCUGCCACCGCUGCCGCAUCCCCUACGCCUUCGGCGUCACGCGCCGCUGCCUCGAGUGCGGCCACCGCAUGUGCACCGAGCGAGUGGACGGCAGCCUCAGCAGCGGUAGCAGCGGCAACCGUCAGCCCCAGCCCCAGCCACGCCGGCGCCGCGACCGCGGCGGCAGCUGCGUCAGCGAGUUUGAUUUCAACGGCUGGGAGCGCUACGCCGCAUGGCGGCGGCGCCACCAUCACCAUCACCAUCAGCAGUUGGGCCAGCAGGGCCACCACCGGGGGCAGCACCGCCUCGCGCGCGAGCGCCGCAUGAUCGACAACGUGCAGAACUGCUCCGAGGACUGCAACUACCCGUCCGAGUGCCGCUACACGCGCCGGCGCGCGCGGGACGAGCGGAUCGCCAAGCUCUUGGGCAACAUGAGCAAGAAGGAGGAGGAAAAGGAAAAGGGGCCCAAGAGCUGGAUCCUCCGCCUUGCCGCGGAAUCGAUACCGCCGCCACCACCAUCGUCAUCAGCUUCUUCUUCUUCGUCCGAGCCCACGAAGACCCUGGACACGGGGCGCACGCCCGGACAAGAGGCCUCGGCGGCGACCUCGGGCGACCGGGACGGACGCGGCGGCCACGACGAGGCCGAGCAGACCCUGGCCAGCCGGGCCGUGGUCGAGAGCGCGUCGUCCGAAGGUAGCGACAACGACAAUGGCGACUCGUCGUCCGACCUGGACUCCUCCUUGCCCGGCACGGGCGGCCCGUGGCCGCUCCCGCCGGCGGCGGGCGACGAAGACGACAUGACCCUCGUGAUCCCCUUCUCUAUGCCCUUGGUGGCUCCAAACCCCAGGGCCCACGAGAACUUUAGCAUGCAUUCUUCUUCCUCAUCCCAGCAACAGGCGCCCGACGACCAGGCCUACGACGGCGACGUUGAGUCCUCCUCCCGCGCCUCCCGCGUCGCCGCCGAGCGCAGCAGCCGGCACCGCCGGACGCGCUCUGACGCCUCCCUGUCGGCGCCGGUGCCGGCUCCAAGUCGCGGUGGCAGCCGCGGUAGUUGCUGGCCGCUGCCGGCGCUGCCCGAGGAGCCCGAGGACUACAGCAGUAGCAGUAGCAGUAGGUCUAGUAGGUCUUACUCGAGCCUGCUCUCCCGGCCGAAGACGCGACGGGGUACCAGGGACAGCCGCAGCGACGGGCCUUCUUCUCCUUCCUCUUCUUCUUCUUCUUCCCAUUCCUCGUCUUCGGACUCGACCUCGCGGCACAGCAGCCGCGGCCAUAGCAGGACCUCUUCCUCGCCGCCGGCAACGCGCAGUAAUAGCAGGGGCAACAGCGCCGACGAUGACCUCGCCGAGCUGAUGCGGUUCCGCAGCGCUUUCUUCAAGGGCGAAUUUUGA